CAACUAUUUCACCAAAUGGAUAGAGGUCGAUGCUCUAACCGACAUGACCACCCAACAGGUUGUGAAGUUCCUAUGGACCAACAUCAUUUGUCGGUUCAGCCUCCCUCACACCAUUGUGUUGGACCAAGGAACACAAUUCAAGAGUCAGGACCUCCAGACGUAUUGUGCCUAAUAUGGCAUUCUCCUUCAAUACACAUCUGUCUACUACCCUCAGGCCAACGGUCAGGCGGAGUCCGCCGAUAAAAAUAUGUUGUGGGGACUAAGAACCCGUCUAGACGACGUCAAAGGGAAGUGGGUUGAAGAGCUUUCCCAUGUCUUGGGGGCUCACCGAACCACCUACAAGACUUCCGUGAGAGAUACAACGUACCCGCUCACUUAUGGAACCAAUGCGGUGUUACACAUCGAAAUGGAACUAUCUUUAUAUCGAGUCAAAGCCUUCCGCUCGGAUGCAAACAAUGAGGAGCUCACCCACAACCUCAACCUUGCUGAAGAACGUCAAGUAGAUGCUCGGCUACGCCUGGUUGCUAGCUAAGAAAGGGUCGCUCGAUACUACAGUUCUAAGGUUAGAGAGUGACCUCUCCAGGUUGGGGAUUAGGUGUUUCGACAAAAUUUCUUCCACGAGGAAGGUCUAUGGAAGUUCACGCCCAAGUGGGAAGGCCCAUAUAGGAUAAGAGAAGUAAUCAGUCCCAACAUGUUGAAGCUAGGAGAUGUCGAUGGUGAAGACAUGUAUAAAAUCUGGAACGCCAUGCACCUACGUAGGUAUAUCACACCCAUGUAAUAAAAGCACUCGAGCUUAGCAAAGUUUAUAAUAAUAAAAGCAUGCUUCGUGGAUUACAUCAGAAAUUCCAAAUUGAUAAAGAACACAUAAAACAACAACUAAAGCAAACAAAGCAGAUCGAGUACCACGACUCAAGCACACGCUGGAGGAUCGGGUCCCAAGGCAGAGCUCGGGCCGGUGGCAUGACCGAAACCAUGUGGUGUUCCUGAAUAAAUUGGGAUCCUGGCA